CCUUGGACUUUUCUACAUUUCGUCAUGGUAUAACCAAAGAUUCAAAUUGAUUUGAAAUGGGAUUUUAUGGACUAAAACAAAAUUGUCCAGCAUCUGAAAGUUGGGAAAAAGUUUUCAUGGAUUUCAAAAUGAUUUACAAAUACAAAUCUGAGCAGUGUUGAGUGCAUUAGUAUUCACCCCCUUUACUGUAAAACCCCUCACAAAGAUCUGGUGUGACCAAGAUCACACAAGUCACAUUUACAAGUCUUAUAAAUCGUGAAUAGGGUCCACCUGUCUGUAAUAUAAUCGCAGUAUAAAUACAUGUUUUCUGUGGAGUGUGUUAGAGAGCAUUACUGAGCAAAGAGCAUCAUGUAGACCAAGGAGCUCACCAAAAGGCUCAGGGAUGAAGUCGUAGCUAAGUAUGAAGCACGGUUAGCUUAUAAAAAACAUCCCACGCGUUGAACUUUUCACAGAACACCAUAAAAUCCAUCAUCAAAAAAUUGAAAGACUGUGGCACAACCACAAACCUACCAAGAGAAGGCCGUCCACCCAAACAGACACAAAGGAGAAAAUAAAUCUGAAGCAACCAAGAGGCCCAUGGGAACUCUGGAGCAUCAUGCCGCUCUUCAGCAGCUACAGGGAAACUAGUCAGAAUGAGGGAAAGCUCGAGAGAGGCAAAUACGUAGCAAUAUUUGAACUAAAAGGGCGUAUGGAGACUGGCGGAGGUUCGUCUUCUAGCAGGACAAUGAUCCUAAACAUACAGUCAGAGCUACCUGCCUUGACAAAGCACACACCUCAAUCAAAUUGAGAAUCUAUGGCGAGAUUUGAAAAUGGCUGUUCAGAGACAGUCUCCAUUGACUGACAGAGCUUCAAGAAGAAAGGACGAGAACAUUUCCUUCUCUAGAUGUGCAAAGCUGGUGGAGAUAUUCCCCAAAAUACUUGCAGCACUUCUAGGUGCUAAGUGUGUGUGGGGGGGGUCUAUUUUUCUGUUAUCAUUGUUUGUGUCACAAGAAAAGGUAUUUUGCACCGUCUAUUUGAAUUCUAUUUGUAACAGAACCAAAUGGGAUGUAAUGUACCCUGGUACUCUAUAGUACUGUCUCAUCGUGUUUGUGAUGUAGCAGGGAUUUUAACCAGUAGCUCUGUUCCUGUUUGUUCUGGAGAUGGAAUCUAAUCAGAUGCAGCUGCAGACCAGCUGCUCUGUUUACUGUCCUUUCUAACGUCUAACGCCACUUCUCUGACAGCACGCAAACAAGAUGUCAUUUUAGAUAUAUUUCUGAUUUUUUACUAAUUUUACUAACCCUUUUAUCAUAUUUAUUUAGACUUACUGAUAUAUUUGGGGUAAGUUAAAAGUUUCCUAAUUACAAUUCAGAAAAUUAAGAUGACCUCCACUAACUCCCUCCUCCUAUCUCCUCCCACUUCCCUACCCUCCACCGCUCCCUUCCGAUCCAGCCACAGUGGUCAAAGUGAAAUCUUCGCCACCAGAGAACGGUCAAUCAGAAACAGAAAAUCAGAGUUCAACAGGUGUUGCUUACUUACACGGUGUGUGUUUGUUGUGGUAACAAUGGCGAGUGUUGUCCUGAGGAGGAUGAAGACUUUAACUCCACCAAAAGAAAUAGUGAAGCAGACAAAGAAGAUGAUCUACAGUAAACCUCCGAGAAACAAGAUCGGAGCCGCACAGAGUUUCUUGGUCAUGUCGCUGUUUGCAGCAGCCAUGUUGACUCCGGCUGCCUGGAUCCUUCAUCACCUCCCAGAGUACCGCCAGCGGUCCCAAGCGAUGCCGAGAGACUGAUCCUGUUCAUCUUCACCGCAGGGCGUUCGCUCAGCAGUACAUUCUGAACUGCAAUCAAUAAACAUAAACUUUAAUCAUUAAACAAAGUGAAAAUA